AAACAUCGACAACAGUUAAGACUGUAGUCGAUGGCCUAUGCCCCAGGAGGGGUGAAAGGGCCUAAAAAAAAAAAAAAAAAAAACUGUCAAGAUGCAGGUGUGUAUCGCUGCUUUAUUGCUUACAAUACUGGCACAGACGAUAACCCAAAUCCUGGUCAAGCAAAUUAUCUUCAGAAUCUAACCGUUACAGUUCCGCCUGGAAAUAUAACCAUUUCUCAUUCACCUGCUUAUGAUACAUACAUUGUCAAUCAGCCUGUGGAAUUCCUGUGCAAUGGCAUGAUCGGCAGUUACGAGCCUGGAUCCAAGGAAACUUGGCAGUGGACCUGGGAAUAUUUUGAUAACGAUUACCAGACAUGGCAGCAAUAUAAUUCAGAAAAUGGCAUCAGAAAGGAAACACCUAUUUCAGUGCCAGGCACUUGUUCUUACCGUCAGACCUACUAUCUAACACUCGCUCUUUCAGAGAAAGACUCAGAGAGGCAAUACAGAUGUAAAGUAGUCAGAAGCAGUAACACUGCUGUGUCAGAGACCAUCACUCUUGGAGCAGUCCAUCCUGAAGGCUGGGCACCAACUCCUUCACCUACCCAGACUAACAACACCUGCAGGUGCACGUGUUCUUGUUCCUCUACUUGUUCACCCCCAUGACGUCAUCACGACCCACCUUCUGAGAAUCUGAUACGACGACGGCUUUGAUUGGACCGCAGGAGAUGUUGCCAUUGGACACUCACGCGGCUGACCAUCGGAACCAAUAAAAGACAUUUCGAUUUUUAAUUUUGCUUCAUCUUCACAUAUAGGCAUUACAUCUAAGUCCUUAUUUCAUUAUUCAUAAUGCUAGCUAGUGUUGAGAUUUUACCACAGAAAAUAUUUUAAGCAGUUGAUUCUUUAUAAAAUGUAACAUGAAAAAGGUUUUCGCGUGUGUGUGAGAAAACUCCCUCUAGUUAGAAAACUUUAAUUUGUUAGACAUUUAAAGUAAUGGUGACGUGACUUCGUGACUUAUAUCUCCGUCUUCGUGUGCCUGAUUUAACACUAGUACAUGUAUCAGCAAGAGGUCUAUUUCAUUAGCGUUGGCUGUUGUGGUGGUACUGCAUGAAUAGAAAACUGUUAUUACGUUUGCUACAGUUUCAUGCAUUUUUCACUUUUAACUUCAGAACACGUCACUUAGUGCCGAAAAUCCAACCGAUUCAUGUAUAAAUUUAGGAAGAAAAUCAAAUACACUGUUUGGGAGGGGGGCGGGGAGUUCCACUUAGCAAAAAGGUAAGGGACGUAACUGAGUUCAUGGCAUUUUUCAAGCAAAUUCUCUCCCUUGAGCCUCAAACGCGAUGAAUUACAGUUCCUCACCUCCACCCCCAGUCCAAAGGUGGUGGAUUCAAAUACAGUGCUGAUGUAGUCUCUCUUUUCCUUCCCCGGUUUAUCCGGUAAUGUUAAAUACACAGAUGGGGGAAGACAACGUAAGCUUGAACACUUCGGCACGCAGUCUUUGGGUGGCGUACGGACACCAUGACACACACACACAAAAGGUGGGAGUUGGGAGGAGAUUCGGGUGGUAGACGGGAAAAAAACUCGUAGUUCUAGCUCAGCCGUUUGAAGCUUUUGUCUUACAUCUUGUGUAAUUUUUCUGUAAAAAUUUGUGUACCGUUCAUUUAUUACUUCUGCAACACAUAAAAGUGAUUUUUGUUUCUGAAUGUUAUGUCAAUAGAAGAUAACUGCCAAUU